AUGCCGGCGACGACAUCGACCAGUUCUAAAAAAGCCCCCGCGCUAAAGACGCUUCAAGCUAAAUUGAAGUCGUUUCUAACCAUGUUUAAGGAUAUCGGCGAGUUUGCACAAGCGUUCAGUGUUGAAACUACUGCUAGCCAGGUGACGGUGCGACUUGAGAAGCUAGAAGAGUUGUGGGAGAAGGUGAAUGACGUCAUCUUGGAAAUCGAAAUUCACGAAGACUAUACGGCAGAGGAUGAAGCUUAUAUACAGCAGCGGUCGGAGUUUGGCAACAAGUACUAUGCGGUAAAAUCGGCACUUUUGGACAAGGUUAAGGAAUUGGAGGAACAUCCGGCCAUGAAUACUUCUCUUCGCGCCAAUGAUACGACGCAGCAACCUACCGUUGAGCACGUUCGUCUCCCACAAAUCAAACUUCAAACGUUUGAUGGAAAUAUUGAUGAGUGGUUGAGUUUUCGAGAUCUUUACACUUCGUUGAUUCACUGGAAGGCCGAUCUACCCGAUGUUGAGAAGUUCCACUACCUGAAGGGAUGUUUGGCUGGUGAGGCAAAAGCGUUGAUAGACCCACUAUCUAUUACAAGGGUGCAAGCACUUUUCAAGCUACCUUCGUUAACGAGAGAAUCUUCCGCUGAGUUGCAGGCCUUGUUGGAAGGCUUUGAACGGGUUGUUCAGACACUGGAUCAGCUUAUACAACCAGUAGUUUACAAGGAUCUGCUAUUGUUGGACAUUCUAUCCACACGAUUAGAUAACGCAACAAGACGUGCCUUGGAAGAAUAUUCUUCGACGAAGGAAAAUGACACAGUGGAAGAUUUGACCGAGUUUCUACAAAGGAGGGUACGAGUUCUUGGAUCAUUACACACGAAGCCUACGGAAGCCAAGCCAGAGUUUUCACGACAAUUUAGGAAGGGUUUUACUCCAGCGCGUCAUAGUCAUAAUGUUGUUCAAAACACAACGGGAAAUUGCGUGGCGUGCACAGAGUUGCAUCCGUUGUAUUUAUGUUCAGCGUUUCAGCGGCUUACGGUGUCUGCCCGGGAUAAACUACUCCGGACGCAUUCUCUUUGUUGGAAUUGUUUCAAAAAGGGGCACAGGGCUUCGGAUUGUCCAUCAAAAUACGUUUGCCGCAUCUGUAAGGAAAAGCAUCACACGUUGGUAUGCUUCAGAGCUGAAAGCAACCAUGCUGCUAAGGAAAGGAUUAGCAAGGACAGUGGUGUAACCAAAGAGGUGUCAUCGCAGGCGGCUAGUACAUCGGGUACUCAAGUGUCUGCAAAUGUAUCUGGUCAUAAAAUAUCAUCAGUGCUGCUGGCUACAGCGGUCGAAUUGGUGGAAGACGACCAAGGCUUUCGUUUUCCAGCGAGAGCUUUACUAGAUUCCGGCUCCGAAUGCAACUUUAUGACAGUAGGAUUGGCUCAAAAAAUGAAACUUAAACGUCAAAGGUCUGACGUGGCAGUAUGCGGAAUUGGCGACUCGAGUACAAGGGUAAAACAAACAGCAAACACCACCAUCAAGUCUCGAGUAACAGACUUCACGCGUAGAAUGGAAUUUCUACUGUUGCCUAAAGUGACGGCCAAUCUCCCCAUAACAAAUGUGAAUUUGGCUGGAUGGCAAAUUCCGACUGGUGUCGAACUAGCGGAUCCAGCAUUUUUCGUAUCCAAGGCAGUAGACUUGGUGCUAGGCAUACAGCAUUUCUUUCCAUUUCUUAACACCGGAAAUGAGGUUCGGCUGGGAGAAAAUCUACCGAUGCUGACGGAGUCAGUCUUUGGAUGGGUAGUUUCCGGUGCGGUGGAUAAUUUCCAACAUAAUUCGAUUGGUCCUCCCACAAAUUAUUCUCCGGAAGAGUUACGCUGCGAGGAGCAGUUUGCUCAAACUGUGAAACGAGGUUGCGAUGGUCGGUACACAGUUUCCCUACCCAAGGUUGAAGGCGCAUUGGCAAAGUUUGGCGAGUCAAGGGACAUCGCAUUUCGGCGACUGCAAGGAUUAGAACAUAGGUUACUGAAGAACGUAGAGCUGCGGCAGCAGUACGAUCAGUUUAUGGAGGAAUACCUACAACUGGGACAUAUGCGUAAGGUGGAAACGCGUUCCCUCGAGCAAGGAACUCGCUGCUGUUUACCACAUCAUCCGGUGGUUAAGCAAGAGAGUACUACUACUAAGGUCAGGGUAGUAUUUGACGCGUCUUGUAAAACGGCAACCGGAGUGUCGCUAAACGAUAUAUUACUGACGGGGCCAGUAGAACAGGAGGAUCUGCGAUCGAUUAUUUUGCGUAGUCGAACGAGGCAAAUCAUGUUAGUCUCUGAUGUCGAGAAAAUGUUUAGGCAAAUUGAAAUUAACGCAGCGGAUAGGCCGCUUCAAAGCAUCUUGUGGCGAACAGAUAGCAGCAAAAAUGCCGAAACAUAUGAGCUAACCACGGUGACGUACGGAACCAGGCCCGCACCGUUUCUAGCAACCAGGAUUCUCAAACAACUCGCUAUGGAUGAGCGAACACAUUUUCCUCUCGCAGCAAGGGCUGUGGAUCAAGAUGUGUAG